AUUCUUCGCCACGAAAGAGUCAAUCUGCGAUGAAAGUGUCUUCUCGGUGCACAAAACAAAAUAUAAUAUUUUGGGAAAUAUUUUUCUGCGAUAAAUAUAACCAGAAAAUUAUUGAUAUAGUAUGGAAUAACGUCAGUAGUAACUUCAAUGAUGUUGAUUUAUCACCAAACUUUAUAACCACUAACCACGGCUCUUGUUAAAUGUAUUAUGUAUGAAAAAAAAAUAUUUUUAAAUAUCACGAAACAGUGAAAACCUUUAAUUGUCUUUGUUGAAACAACGUUCAGUUUUAUAACUGAAAUUUCUGAGGUUCCAAUCUUGUAAAUUUUUUAUAGUGAUUGCUGCUUGGACGUGUUUUAUAACGUGUCACGUAUGAUUGUUGUUCAUCGAGCAGUAUGUUCGUAGGAAUUUUUUUCGAGUGAAAUAAGUGAUAUUUACGGUGGUUUUAUGUCGUGUUUUGGAACAAAAAACUUAUGGGACUCGCUUGGAAACCGGCGGCCAUGUUUGAUCCUUGUCGUAAAUACAGAUAGAGUGUUCGAAAAAAAAGAGUCGUGUCGCGUAACAAUUUGCCUGUGUUUCGUACGAUUUGAUUGAUCUCAAUUCGUGUAAUUAUAAAAUAAGUGAUAAUAGACACCUGUAUAAAUGCUGCGACAAACUCGAAAAUCUAAUACAUCGAACAUUCACGUGUUUGUCAUCAAAUAGAUCGUUUUUGUAUUUUUCGAUUGCCGAGAAAUUUGCCAAGAGAGCGAAGAUGUUAAAUCAAGCUGUUGUCGAAGCGUUAUAUUCCGCAACGUAUAUUGAAAAUUAUUUGGACUGUGUGGAAAAUCUGCCGAACGACUUGCAGAGGCACGUUUCCCGGCUCCGGGAACUCGACGCCACUUGUCAAACAUAUCUACGGGAAGUAGACCAGCAACAAGAAGCAUUAAGAAAUGAUACAGAUCUAACAAUUAAGAGAAGAGCACUUUUAAGAGUUCAACAAGCCCUAAUUGCAGCGCAAGAAAUAGGAGAUGAAAAAUUACAAAUAGUUCAACAAGUUCAAGAUCUUAUUGAAAAUAAAUCUAGGCAAUUAGAUUUGGAUUAUCGUAAUCUUGAUUUUGGAAAGGAACAAGAAAGCAGUGAAUCGGUCCGUGAGACAAAUGCUAAUGUAAAUUCCAAUUCUUCUGGUAAUGCAAACAACUCAGAGAGACAACCAAAAAGAGCUAGAAGAACAAGGACAGAGACGAUAGUCGAGUCUUCGAAUACCAUGGACAUGAUUGUUAUGACAGAGACACGUUCUAAUUCUUUGUCAAAUGCGAGCAAUGGUAAUCAAAAGAAAACGACUACCGCCAAUACAGGUAAAAAGAAAAAGAGGAAAUCUAGGCAAGGUAAUCAGCAAAAUCAGCAUCGUGAAGAUACUCCGCCACCACCAGAAGAUGAUCUUGCAAUUGAUCCAGAUGAACCAACAUAUUGUCUCUGUGAUCAAAUAUCGUAUGGUGAAAUGAUAUUAUGUGACAAUGAUCUGUGCCCUAUAGAAUGGUUCCAUUUCUCAUGUGUUUCAUUGAGUACUAAGCCAAAAGGGAAAUGGUUUUGUCCUAAAUGUAGAGGAGACAGGCCAAAUGUAAUGAAACCUAAAGCACAAUUUUUAAAAGAAUUAGAAAGGUAUAAUAAAGAAAAAGAGGAAAAAUCGUAGCAAGAGAAGGUUGGUGAACAAUUUAAAUAUUUUGGAAGACUUAAUUCAAACUAAAGACAGCUUUCAAGAUGUAGAUUAUAGUAUUAAGUACUUUUUAACGUAUUAUUAAACAGAAUGAUUUAUAACUGAUGAAAUGAAUGAUAAUAGGUUCAUGAAAAAAAAUAUAUGAAAUUAAAUGUACUGUUGUAUAAACAUGCGUGUGUAAAUUAUCAUAUAAUUGACUAUAAUAAAUGAAUUAUAUUUGUAUAAUAUUCAUUAUUGUAAAUAUUGUGAUAACAGUAAAUAAUUAGAGUAAAAUAGAUAUUUUGAGUGCUGUAAAAUGUUUUAAAAUUGCUUUAUACUUAUUCAAUAUGGGAAAAUAUGGUGGGCCCUUACAUAUUUUAAACAACAUACGUAUAAUAUAUAAAUACUACUAUACAUCCAUAGUAAAUGUCUAAAAUAUAUAUUUUAUAAUCAAAUUACAAUAGCAGUAUUAAAAGAUACAGAAUAAUUUUUGUAAU